AUGGCGCCCAGGGCCGCCGCCGUGCUGCGCCUCGCGCUCGUGCCCUCCUUGCUCUCCCUGCUGCUGCCCUUCUCCUCCCUCGCUCUGACCCAGGACUUCUGCGUCGCCAACCUGCUCCUCCCGGACACGCCGGCCGGCUACCCGUGCAAGCCCAAGCCUCUCGUCACCGCCGCCGACUUCCACUCCGCCGCCCUCGCCCGGCCCGGCCCGGUCAUCCCGCCCUUCAACACCAGCCUGGCCUCAGCCGGCGUCAUGCAGUUCCCCGGCGUGAACGGGCUCGGCGUCAGCUGCACGCGCGUCGACAUCCUCCCCGGCGGGGUCGUGCCCCUCCACAGCCACCCGGAGGCCUCCGAGAUCAUCAUCGUCUUCGAGGGAACCAUCCUCGCCGGCUUCGUCAGCGCCGAGACCAACGUCGCCUACACCAGGACGGUGCGCAAGGGCGAGCUCUUCGUGUUCCCGAAGGGCCUGCAGCACUUCCAGAUCAACACCGGCGAGACGACCGCCGUGGCGUUCAACGCGUAUAGCAGCGCCAACCCCGGCCUGCAGAUCACCGACUACGCGCUCUUCGGCAACCUCCUGCCAGCGGAUGUCGUGACCAAGGUCACCUUCAUCCGUGAAGCGGAGGUCAGGAGGCUCAAGGCGUUCUUCGGCCCGAGUGCAAUACCGUCAUGAACAAGGC